AAACAUUGCACUUUGAUAAGCUGUCAACCUUGACAGAUCGACAGAUGGGCUAUAGCAACCAAAGCAAUCCAGCUGUUAUUGUAGCUAAAAUAGGCUCCCUUUAAGUAAAAAGUUUAAAGUCCCUUUAAACAAUGGAGACCAUAACUGGGCUUCUUCACCUGAAGAUAAGCGUUAAGGAAGAGGAGCCCCACAGUGGCGUCAUGGAGCUGCUGAGGAUUCUUAGGCCUAAGUGGAGGACAGAGGACAUAAAGACUAAGGUCUUCACAGAGGGCAUCACCAACCAGUUGAUGGGCUGUUACACAGGCUGCCUGCGAUCAUCGGAUGAUGUGGUGCUGGUGCGAGUGUAUGGCAACAUGACUGACCUCUAUCUGGACCGGCACAAAGAGAUGGACAUGUUUCAGAUACUUCAUGAACACGGUUGUGGCCCCAAACUGUACUGCAGCUUUGACAACGGCAUUUGUUAUGAGUUUUUGCAUGGCAUGGUGCUGGAUGGCCCACUGCUGAGACAGCCAGACAUUUACAGACUAAUUGCUGGAGAAAUGGCAAAGAUCCACAGCAUUAAGCCAAGGACAAGCUCUCCCCCUCAGGUUGUCCUCUGGACAAAAAUGUCUCAGUUCCUCCAGCUUGUUCAGGAAUCUGAGAAUGAGACACCAAUGCUAAGGUCUUUGUGUGUCCCAGGGGCAGCCAGCGUGGAGGCUCUGAGAAGUGAGAUGAACGAGUUAAAAAGACACCUUGGUCACGUUUACUCUCCCUCAGUGCUGUGUCACAAUGACCUUCUAACAAAGAAUAUCAUCUACAAUGACACAAAAGGCUCUGUGAAAUUCAUUGAUUAUGAAUAUGCGGAUUUUAACUAUCAGGCGUUUGAUAUUGCCAACCAUUUCAAUGAAUUUGCAGGAGUGACCACAAUUGACUACGGUCUGUACCCUAGCGUGGCACUCCAGCUGGACUGGUUGACCUCUUACCUACGGAGCUCUAGGAGCAUCACCGGCAAAGGCAGCGCAGUCUCAGAGCAGGACGCAAAGAACCUGUACGUCACCGUUUGCAAGUUUUCUCUGGCCUCACACUUCUUCUGGGGCUUAUGGGCCAUUCUUCAGGCCAGAUAUUCAACUAUCAAUUUUGACUUCAUCAAAUAUGCCCAUGCCAGAUUUAAGCGUUAUUUUGACAAAAAGGAAGAGUACUUCGGGAUGUAAACACAAACAUACACAAAGUUGCUUCAGCCAAUGAUGUCCCAAGGUUUUGUAAGCAGUGAGCUACCAAAUACAAUGGAAAAUAUAAUUUUAAUGUUUAUAUCUGCUCUCAUUUUAUGCUAAGGAAUUCUCUCAGUUGGUCAGCAAUAAACUUUCCAUCACACCAUUGCAUCAUUUCUAAUGGAGAAUUGGAUGGGCUACAGCCUUGUUUUGGACUGUUAGACAAUUAGACAAACUGUACAAACAUUAUGACAAUAGAAGAUCAAGUAUGAGUUGGAUAGGGACCCGGCAUCUUUUAAAAUAAACAAUUACAUUUAAAUGUUGAAUUUUAAUUUGCCCCAAGUUGCAUCUGAAAAUCUGAACAGCUCUGCAGACCAAUGGUCAUCAAAAUGCUGCUCUCAUUGAAACUGUUCAGAGAAGCCUAAUCCAAAAAAAUGUUUUGAAAGGCAUCUACAGUAUCUGAGAUAACCUCCUUAGCAGACAAACAUUGAAAUUCACUGAGUCAAGUAUGAUUUCUGUCCUUUGAAGCACUAUUGACAAAUACAAAGGCAAACUGAAGUAACUGUGGUAACUUAACAAACCCAGCUGUAAAUCAGCAAUUCAACUGGUGACUUAACUUAAAUACUGUGUAGUUACUGGUUUAGGUUGGUUAGGUGUACUUAGGCUGUAGUUUCUCUGUAGUUACUAACUUAUUACUGGUGGAAAUCACCCAGUAACUUACUAUUAAUUUACAGCAUAAUUAAGUGAAUUUAAAUCCUUAGUAAUUUAGGGACUUUGCAAGGGUUUCCCUUGAAUCAGUACUACAGAAUGGUUUGUAAUGUCAUCCAUGCAGUGUAUUUUGAUGACUGGCCCUUGACAAGCACAGUGUUAACUACUGUAUCCAGACUCAGUAUCAAAGAGAGCACUACCUUUGAUGCUUUUCACACCAUACUUCAGAAAUGUUUGAAGUAUCGAAAUUGGUUGUAAUUAUAUGCAAUUCCCUUGAACCAAAAAAUGGUUGGGGGAAAAAAUGUGCCCUGAAGGUUAGACAUCUGAAUUCUGCAGGUCAGAUUAAUCGGUUUCAAAAGGACAGAAGAGUUGUGAACUCAAAGCUGAAAGAAUAUCUAGUUAACAUCAGUUUGUUCAAGUGCCAGUCUUUCAUAUUCUUGUUUGAGCUGAAAAAGUUUUAAAAAAAAAUAACAAAGAAACCUAGAGCAACAAA